UUCUUGGAGGGAGUCCGUUUUAUUUUGUGGUACAAUGAAAUUGAUAACAAAAAGUUUUUAAAACACAUUUUCCUAAAAUUCAUAUAAUUACGUCUUGCCAUGGUGUAAUAUAUAAAAACCAUAAUGUCUGUACCGUGUGACAUGUUACUACAUCCGGAAUUGUUAACAAACGAUCAACUAAUACACAUUAUACAUGAAAGGCACCUGCAUUUUACAAAUAUGGACAGUAUACCUAGGCAUGAGUUAUUAGAAAUAUUCCACAGUUAUUGCGUGCCCUUCGGUCAAAGAAAACCAAGAGAUACAGGUAGAGGAAGAAUGAAUAGGAACCGUCAGACGAGCCCUGAACCAAAAUCAGUAUUGAUUAACGUAAAUAAUGUAAAUUGUAAUAGAAAACAAUUACAUCCAUGGCCCACAGAGAGACUAAAACCAGCUCCCGAUCAAUUGUGCGGGCGCGUGAAGUUAGUGAGAUUAGAUAUCAAAUCUGAAUUUGUAAACAACGUUGUUGAUAUGUCCAAACGAAAACUGUGUAUUGAUUCGACAACAUCAAUAGAUGGUCCGCCAGCUAAGCGAGAAAGGAAGCCGAUAACAUGGCCUUAAAAUUGUGUCUUGUACGAUUAGACAAUUGUCCAUGUCAGUGCAGAUGGAAAGUGGACGAAUGGAACUUGUUUCUAUGAAUUUUAUCCAAUCAAAUCAAAAUAUCUUUGUAUGUAUCUCUACAAUUUGUAGGUCUAUUGCAAACAUUUAUGAUAAGUGUAAUGUACUGUCCGUUGGGAAUGUAGUUUGAGCUAAGAACUGAUGAGGAACUCAGCUCUUACUCUCUUCAUAUUUGAUUGUACAUAGAUAUAAUAGUGCAUAUUAAUACUUCAAUUUGGGGUGAAUACAAUAAUUAUCAGUGUACACUAUUUAUUAUAUAUAUAAUAUAAUGACAUGAGAAUGCAAAUUUUCGCGCCUUUUUAUACUUAUAUUUAAGACUAUUCUCGCAUUAAUGUUUUGCUUGCUGAGUAAAAUCUCAUGUAAUUUCCAUAAUUGUUUCUUUGUAUUCAAACAUGUUAUUCUUUGAAUACAAAAAAAAUAUUUGUAGUUACAAAAAACAUGUAUAUGUCAAUUAUAUUUCGGUACUAGUUGAACUUGCGACUACAUACUCGUAUAUAUGCACUAUAGUAUUAUAGUAUUGGUUUAUAAUUGUGUUGUUCCAAACCAUUGAAAUACCAUAAAUAUUUUAAGUGAAACUUACCAUAGAUUAGUGAAAACCGCAUCCAAAUAUGUUAAGCUGUUUCUGAGAUUAGCGCGCACAAAUGUACAGACAUGAAUUCAACAAUUACGUUGAUAAUGUCUUCCAAUAAUAAUUAUUCUCAUGUAUAUUAUAUAUGAACAAUACAUGAGAAUGUUACAUUUUAAUAACAUGCAACAUAUAAAGUUUUUCAUUUAAUUGUUUGAUCAUAAUAACCAUAAAAUGCUGUGGUAGAUGGAUAACAUCGACAAACUAUUAAUCCGAGAAUGGUACAAUUCUAUAUUGUCUUGACAAUGAAUUGUUUAAGAAUUAGCAUUUGUAAUAACUGGCAGUUGAGAUGAAGCAUUCCGACCAAUUUGUGGUUGUUCUCACCUGUCUUGUUAUCAGACAGGUAGAUUGCAUUGUGAUUUAAUUUUGUAAUAGUUUUUUAAGUAUGCAUAUUCUCAUUCACUUCUAGUCUUUCAUUCAUAUAAACUUAUUUCAAUGAAUGUAUUAAAUGUUAGUAGUAAAACUAGUGAUGUGCCAAAUAUGCGCAUCCAUUGAUAUCCGAGAGAGUUACGGACUUAAUGGAUAUAACCAACAAGUAACGGACAUUACUUUUUGAUUGACCUGAUAU